AUGUCUCCUGUCGGUGCUGGUCUUUGGCGCACAUUGCGUGCGCACCAGGUCUAUGGUGCCAACACGGACGUAGGCAAGACGAUCGUGUCCACCGUGCUAUGUAACGCGAUCCAGAACCAAAAGCAGAGGGCUGCAUUCCUGAAACCUGUGUCCACUGGAUCAUUGGAUGAGGCUGAUGAUCGACAUUUGAGACAUUUUGGAGCUGGUACAGUGACCAAGUGCUUGUACCAAUUCGAUGAGCCUGUUAGCCCGCAUAUUGCAGCAAAACAAAAGACCAUCCCAAGGGAUGAUGAUUUGCUCGCAUCAAUCCAUACCACUCUGUCAGAGUGGGCUCGGUCUGACAUUGAUUUCGCCCUGGUCGAGACCGCGGGGGGUGUGCACUCACCGGGCCCCAAUGGCAACUCGCAAGCCGAUCUAUAUCGGCCACUUCGUCUCCCAAUCGUUCUAGUGGCAGACUCCCGUCUAGGUGGAAUUUCCUCAUCGGUCUCGGCAUAUGAGUCUCUACUUCUCCGCGGAUAUGACGUGCAAUCCGUUCUGCUGUUCCGCGAUGACUAUUACCAAAAUCAUGACUAUUUAGGUGAUUACUUCCGCAAAAAGGGCAUUCCAUUGCUUCCCCUACUGGCUCCUCCUGCAAAGCCAUCAUCAACAGACGUGGAUGCGCGAGCGCGAGAUGAAGAAGCAAUGUUUACCUACUACCGACAGGUUUCUCAAGAGUCGGACAUUCUUCGCUUGCUUGAACAGAUGACCUAUCAAAAUAAUGCACGAAUUGAGCGCCUGGAGGAGAUGGCUGAACGUGCUCAGGAUUUGAUUUGGUACCCAUUCACCCAGCAUCAAGGCAUGCGUCCUAAGGAUAUCACCGUGAUCGAUUCGGCCCAUGAUGAUUAUUUCCAGACUUUCGGCUCAGGCCAGACAGAGAGACCGGAUAGUGAGCUGCGACCAACUUUUGAUGGAUCUGCUUCUUGGUGGACCCAGGGACUGGGCCAUGGAAACCCUGAUCUCUCUUUGUCCGCAGCCUAUGCUGCCGGUCGGUAUGGCCAUGUGAUGUUUGCCGGGGCAGUCCAUGAGCCAGCUCUCUCACUCGCUGAUCGUCUCCUGAAGACCCUUGAUAACCCGCGGUUUACUAAAGUAUUCUAUACAGAUAAUGGCAGCACUGGCAUGGAAGUUGCCGUGAAGAUGGGUCUUCGGGUAUCCUGUGACCGGUACGGCUGGGAUGCUACUGAGGAGCAGAUCAGUAUUCUAGGACUCAAGGGAAGUUAUCACGGCGAUACCAUCGGUGUGAUGGAUUGCUCCGAGCCUUCGACCUACAACAAAAAGGUAGAAUGGUACCGGGGACGAGGCCACUGGUUUGACUUCCCUCUUGUUAAGAUGGUGAAUGGAACAUGGAAGAUCGAGGUACCAGAGGAACUCCAGGCCGAUUUGGGUUCUGAUGCUGAAUUCAAAUCUCUGAACACUGUGUUUGACCUCGACACACGAGUGAACUCAGAGGCUGCUCAACGCUAUAAGAGCUAUAUCCACCGCACUAUUGAGGAUUUAGUGAAACGCCAGGGCAUGAAGUUCGGCGCGCUGAUUCUGGAGCCUGUUAUUUUGGGCGCUGGCGGAAUGCUAUUUUGUGACCCCCUGUUCCAGCGUUGCCUGACAGAUGUUGUGCGUGAUCACCCAGAAUUGUUCUGCUCGACUGCUUCGUCGCCAAAAUCGGCUACAUCAUGGUCGGGGCUUCCCGUUAUUUUUGAUGAGGUCUUCACUGGUCUCUAUCGCCUUGGACGUCCCACCUCUGCUUCCUUCCUCGGCGUGCACCCCGACAUUGCCGUUAAUGCAAAGCUGCUCACCGGCGGAUUGAUCCCUCUGUGUACAACAGUGGCCAGCCAGGAAAUAUUCGAAACUUUCUCAAGCCCAGAGAAGAGUGACGCUCUUCUUCACGGUCACAGCUACACCGCCCACGCGGUUGGCUGCACUGUUGCAGUGGACUCUCUCAAAGCUAUGUCCGAAAUGGAUAAAAACGGAUCGUGGGAUGCCUUCAAGGGGGACUGGAAUAGCAAGUCGCAGGCUGAAGCAAGCCAAUCUAACUCAGAUGUGUGGAGUGUCUGGUCUCAGGAUCUUUUGAAAGAUCUGUCGUGUGCAGGAACCGUUGAAAGCGUAUUCGCGAUCGGAACUGUGCUUAGCAUCUCGCUGCGAGACGAGCAAGGUGGAGGCUAUACAUCAAAUGCCGCCAAAGGUUUGCAGCAGAAGCUCGCCGUCGGAGGCGACCAGUUCAAUGUCCACUCCCGAGUCUUGGGAAAUGUCCUUUAUCUCAUGUCGAGCGUGACUUCAAAACCUGAAUCGUUACAGGAAAUGGAAAAACUACUCCGUUUCUCACUGGUUUGA